AUGUUAGGGCUGAAAGUUUUCCAGGGACAGAAACAGGAGAUGGGCUAUGUGGCUUUGGAAACUUAUGACCCGUCAGAGUACGAUCCGUUCUUCCUGAAGACGUGUACAGACUGCUGGAAGGUUUCAGUACCAACUUUACAGGAUCCUCUGUUAAAAGACAUUCAAAGAAAGUUUAUUGAGACAGGCAUUAUCAAGCAGUGUGAGACAGGAAGACCGUGCUCUACCAGAGAGCUGAACGAACUCAGUAAAGCAGAACUGUCACUGCUUCCUCUGAGCCGGCAACGUAUGGAUGCAGUUGAGUGGCUGAAGAUACCACACGCCUACAUUGCUAGUGAGGUCCACCAAAUGAGGAGGCGGAAAGUCAUCAGCCACCACAAAGAUGGCGAGGUCCGAUGAUGUCACCUGUCUUCCAGCUGACCGCAGCCGCAAAUACGGGCAUCAGAAGGGCGGUCCCUGUCUCCCUGCUAGUGUGCCUGCACAGCAGCUCUGCUGUCAAAGCCUGAAAACAGAAUUU